UCCAUGGCUAGAGUUUUUUAACCUUUUAACCCUUUCUGACCUGACCGAAAUGGGCAAAAUGUCAGAAUUCAGAAUGUCACGUCUGGUCUUGGGAUCAGCUGUAGAGCUGUACCCGAUGUCCCAAAUCUAAUCAUGUUCAAGAUGCAUAUUGUCGACAAAUAAAGCUAUUAGAGGUGUUAUUUUGCCGCAAAUUAUUCAAAUAUGUCCAUAGUUUGUGAGGAAGUGUUUGAUGAUAUUAGUCAUCCAUCUGAAGAAGAAAUCAGAGAUUAUGCCACCAAGAUUGGGAUUGAUCCCGAUUCUGAACCUCAAUUGCUCCCUCUAGCUGCUGAAGGUCUCAUGAAAGCAUUGCCUCCUGGAUGGAAACCCUGUUACGAUGACAAGUCAAAAUCGUAUUACUACUACAACAAUUUGACGAAGAACACUCAAUGGGAACAUCCUUUGGAUGAGAUAUACAGGGGUUUGGUGAAGAAGGCACGAACUGAUAGCCAGUCUCUCAGUCUGCAAGAAAAAGAUGCCAAGGAGGAUGCUACUUAUGUCACAGACGACAUCUUGAGUCUAGAUGAACCAGUAGUAAUUGUGGCGCCAAAAAAAUUGGAUCCCCUCCAACUAGGUGCUAGAAAGAAGGAUAUCAGACUGUCGCCUCUGAAAUUGAGCCCCAGUGCGAGCCCUAAAAAAGAGUUGAAGCUCUUCAAACAGAGAUCUGAGGAUUUUUCCGUGGGCCCCAAAAGGCUCUCGCUGGGGUUCAGUAGUUUCGAUGAGAACAAAGAUGGCUCAUUCAGUAGACAUCCUCGCAGUCUUGACAGAAAUGAACUCAAAGUUUCCGGGGGUGGGAGUAUGUUUCUCAAGUCCAACACUGUACGGAAAUCUAGUGACGCAGGACUCAGUUCCAGUCUUCCAAAAAAUGAUUCAUCUCAGGAAUCUCAAGUACCCAGGAGCAUCUUGAGAGAGAAAAACACUAUGGAACACUCAAAGAGCCUGGAGUUCGACAAACUGUUGGUGGACAAGUCAGAAAAAGAUGAUGAAGACAAAAAAAGUGUGAGAUUCAACUUGGACAAUACCACAGAUGUAGGAAUAACAUUCUCAGAUAAAAGUUCUAGUGAUGAAGACAUACACAGCGAUAAAAACAAAAUCGAUAAUAUAAUCGAUGUAAAGCUAACUCCUACUAUGACUAGGUUUUCUGUGAGUCCUGUACUAGAACCUGUGAAACAUCCAAAUUCUCUAAAAAUAAUAAAACCGAAUCCCAAAGAUUUUAUCAAACCCAAAUUGACUUUGAACAAAAGUUCUGACUCUGACGAAGAAACAAGGAGCAUAGAAAAACCUGGUAUCGAUGCGGUGGACACACUUUUUGACACGGAAAAUUCUGAUUCGAGCCCCAGCGAUAAACUCUCAGGAAAGUUGAAGAAACUCGAGGAGCAGGCUGAAAGAAAAGUAACACAGUUGAAACAGUCAAUCUGGGAAGAAAAAAAUGAAGAAAUGGUGAAAUUCAAAUCCGAUUUGGAAGACUCCAAUAAGGAAGAGCUAAAGAGAAUUCUGGAUGACGAGAAACUUAAGCAGAAAGAUAUCACAAAAAUGGAACUAGAAAAAAUUAAAGUUGCACUUGAAGAAGAAAGAGAAACAUUAUUGAAGGAGGAACAAGAAAAUUUACUGAAAAGUCUUGAUAUCUACAAGGAACAGCUUGAAAAUGGUCUUGAAGAAGAUGAGCAAAAAAUGAAAAAACAGUUCGAAACGAAGAAGGAAGAAUUGGAGAAAUAUUAUGAUGAAAAAUUGGCUGAUAUUGAGAAAGAGUUAGCAGAAAAGGUAGAGAAAAGCAGAGAUGAGCUAAUUUUUACACACAAGGCUGAUAUUGAACAAUUGAAGCAGAAUCAUUCCAUAAUAAUAGAAGAAUUAAAGAGGGAAUUUCAAGCUGAGGACCAAACGUUAAAAAAAGAUCACCAAGCCAAAUUGACGGAGCUGAAGAAAAAACAUAAAACCGAAUUGGACCAAGAAAAAUCGAAAACUCUGUGUGAUGAGAGAAUGUUUGAGAAGUUGAGGUGUGAAAAGAGACUACUAGAAGAUAAAUACAGGUGUCUGAAGGAGAAAUACUUGAAGUUGAAAACCGAAGUGAAAUUGUCUAUUGAGAAGAAGAACAGGAGGAAAGAACAGAGUACCACAACUAAUACUACUGGCUCGGAGACUGAACAAAGCAAUUCCAAUAAAGAAAGGAUAUUUGUUGAAAAACCUCCUACUCCCAAACAUACCAAAUCCAAUAAUGAGGGCACCCUAAAUAAAUCGGACAAUAAAACCGUGAAGCAAGUUGUGAUACAGGAUUUGGACACGUCUGUGAGCGAUAACUGCUAUCACAGUGAUGACAAGACUAAUCAGAAUGACAAGGAUAGCUCGGAUAGUACUAACCCUGGAAGAAGCAGAAGAAAACUAUUCUCAAGGUUGAAAAGUUCGUCGACGUCCCGAAUCAACAACAACUCGAAAACCCGCAAACCGCAACGGUCCUGCUCUCCCGUAGAAAAUUUGCGCAGGCAACUCCAGAAGCUGGAGGAUCUGGAAGACCAGUUCCCGGAGAACGCCCAAUCGGACACCUACCACUUACGCUACCCCUUCUCCGACGGACAGAAGUUCGAGGGUAGCUCGGAGUUGGAGUUCUUCAGGCACAGGAUCCAUUUGGAGAGGGAUUCGAUAAAGAGGGCCAAGGAGAGCUUGCGAAGCCAGAAGAGUUUGUUUCAGCAGAGGCAGAAGGAGUUGAAGUUGAAGCACGGGACCAUGGCGAGGCAUACUCUACAGCAACUCUGUCAGGGAUGUAGCCAAAUUUGUCCGGGGGAUGAACUUUUCGACGAGAACUUUGUUUUCAAGAAGGCCCAUCACUAG